AAGGCGCCGUAGAACAACGCUGUGCCUCUCUCCCGUUGGCAGGAUUUGCUUCGAGGCCUGCCAUGGCUUCCCUCAGCUUCCAGGGAGGCAGUGGCGCUAAGAAGGAGGAGAAGAGCAAGAACAUCCAGGUGGUGGUGCGGUGCAGGCCUUUUAAUGCUUCAGAACGUAAAGCAAGCUCCUAUGGUGUUGUAGACUGUGAUCAAGCAAGAAAGGAAGUUAGUGUCCGCACUGGAGGAGCAACAGAUAAGGCAUCAAGAAAGACUUACAUGUUUGAUAUGGUGUUUGGAGCUCAGGCAAAGCAGAUUGAUGUAUACCGGAGUGUUGUGUGUCCCAUUUUGGAUGAAGUUAUUAUGGGCUACAACUGUACGGUGUUUGCUUAUGGCCAAACGGGUACCGGUAAGACCUUUACAAUGGAAGGAGAGCGGUCGCCCAAUGAAGAAUAUACUUGGGAAGAGGAUCCAUUAGCAGGUAUAAUACCCCGUACUUUGCAUCAAAUAUUUGAAAAACUCACAGAGAAUGGUACUGAAUAUUCAGUGAAGGUGUCUCUCUUGGAAAUCUACAAUGAGGAGCUUUUUGAUCUUCUGAAUCCUACUCCUGAUGUUGGGGAAAGACUGCAGAUAUUUGAUGAUCCUCGAAACAAGAGAGGUGUAAUUAUUAAAGGCUUGGAAGAAAUAACUGUACACAACAAAAAUGAAGUCUACCAAAUCCUGGAAAGGGGUGCAGCAAAAAGAACAACUGCAGCUACUUAUAUGAAUGCAUACUCAAGCCGUUCCCACUCGGUGUUUUCGAUUACCAUCCAUAUGAAAGAGACCACAGUAGAUGGAGAAGAACUUGUUAAAAUUGGGAAACUGAACUUGGUUGAUCUUGCAGGAAGUGAAAACAUUGGUCGAUCUGGGGCAGUUGACAGAAGAGCUCGUGAAGCCGGAAAUAUCAACCAGUCUCUUCUGACACUAGGAAGAGUUAUUACUGCUUUAGUAGAAAGAGCUCCACAUGUUCCAUAUAGGGAAUCUAAACUCACAAGAAUCCUUCAAGACUCUCUUGGUGGACGAACCAAAACAUCAAUAAUUGCCACAAUUUCUCCUGCAUCUCUAAAUCUUGAGGAAACAUUGAGUACACUAGAAUACGCCCACAGAGCUAAAAAUAUCAUGAACAAGCCUGAAGUUAAUCAGAAGCUAACAAAAAAAGCUCUUAUUAAGGAAUAUACUGAAGAGAUUGAGCGGCUGAAGCGAGACCUUGCAGCUGCUCGGGAGAAAAAUGGAGUCUAUAUGUCCCUUGAAAAUUAUGAAGCCCUUAAUGGAAAGCUGACAGUUCAGGAAGAACAAAUUGCAGAGUAUAUUGACAAAAUUGGCAUCAUGGAGGAAGAAGUAAAAAGAAUCACUGAACUAUUCUCAGCUAGUAAAAAUGAACUUGAACAGUGUAAAACAGAUCUGCAGAUCAAAAAGAGAGAACUGGAAGAAACACAAAAAGACCUCCAAGAAACCAAGGUUCACCUGGCUGAGGAGGAAUAUGUGGUUUCAGUUUUGGAAGACACUGAACAAAAACUCCAUGGCACAGCUACCAAGUUACUUAGUACAGUUGAAGAAACUACAAAAGAUGUAUCUGGUCUCCAUGCAAAACUGGACCGUAAGAAGGCUGUUGAUCAACACAAUGCUGUCAUCCAAAAUCAGUUUGCAGGACAAAUGAAUGCUUUGUUCAACAAAAUACAAGAUUCAGUUAGUGAGAACAAUUUGAAGCAGCAACAGAUGUUGACAUCUUAUAUGCAUUUUAUAGGUGAACUCCUGUCUACCAGUUCUUCAGCAGCUAAUAUUCUUGCAUCAGUUGUAUCAGCAACAUUUGGCUCUGUUAAAGAAUUGGUGUCGACUAAAGUUUCUCACGUGUCUGAAAAAAUAAUGCAACAUGAGGAUCUGUCGCUUGAAUGUAAAGCUGAUCUGCUGAGAAUAAUUGAGGAGCAUACAUCUGGAUUAGGAGGAUCUUUAAAUAGCUUGAUGCCAAUGGUAGAAUUUGUCCUGGCACUAAACUCACAGUUUCAGAGUAACAUGAAGAAAUACUCUGCUGUGGCUGACAAGAUUCAGGGUCAUAAAAAGGAAAUAAACACCUUCUUUGAAGAUCUUUCUCUCACUUUGAAAAAAAUACAAGAGGAAACAGACAGUGUUUUUGCUCAGCUUCAGAAAGAUUGUGAGAAUUUCAAAGAAGAAGCAGAAAUGAUGAGAUUGGCACAUGCAAAGAGUGCAGGUGAAUUAAUGUCCUCCCUACAAAGCCAGCUUGACAUGUUUACUCAGGAGACUCAGAGGAACUUAACCAAUGUACUUACUAAAAAUGGAAGCUUGAAGACCACCAUCACUGCUGUGCAAGAGAAUGUUCACUUGAAAACUACAGACCUAGUCAACAGUACAACUUCAAAUCACAACAAAUUUAUUGCAUCUUUGGAUAACUUCUGUCAAGAGCUCAGAACCAUAAAUGCUGAAAACAAGAUGAUGCUAGAAGAAUCCACUGACCACUGUCAGCAACUUCUCAGCAAUCUCAAAAAUGUGUCUCAGGAUAUUGAUAAAUGGGGUGAAAGUACAACUGCUCAUGUAGCUGACAUUACCAGUCAGCAGCUACUGUACUUCAAUGAUGAGAAACAGCAACUUCAGUGUUUAAAAAAGAAUAAUGAAGAAAACUAUGGUAAAGCAAUAACUGAAAUUGCUGACCAUAUUGGUAGACAAAAAGCUACUGAGGAGAAAAUACUGAAUAGCCUUCUUGAUCAGAUGAAAUUUGAUGAGGAGAUACUUCUGGAACAGAAGCUGGCACUUAAUGAGGAGGCACAGCAUGGACUGACUCAGGUUAAUGGUUUCCUGCAAGAAGAUCUUAAAGUAGAUGUUCCAACAGGGACAACUCCACAAAGAAGGGACUACUUCUAUCCAGUCACACUUGUGAGAACAGAACCCCGGGAACUUCUUCUGGAGCAAUUAAGGCAAAAGCAGCUCAAGCUUGAUGCUGUGCUAGACAGUUUAACAGAGGAUGAUGUGGAUCAGGACCUGUUGGAAGAGGAGGAAGAGUUGCAAGAAUCGGAUAAAACAGUUACCAGUGACAAAUACUUACUGGAUACAACCAUAGAUUGCCAUGAAAAUGGUGGCGUUCCCUUUUUCCAGCACAAAAGGAGUCACAAAAAGGAUAAAGAGAACAAGUCGGCAGCUACAGUGGAGAAGAACAAAAUAGAGGAUAUGGCUGAGCAGUUUCUUCCCAAAUCUAACCUUCCUUUAAGAUCACUGAACUAAGAUAGAUCAGUUGCAUAUCCCUGCUUUGUAUAAUUAUAUAUCACUAUAUACAGAGUUGGAUUCGAAGACUGACACACCAGAUGUCCUGUCUUUGACCCAUUUUUAUAUGCAGUGAUUUGCAAAUUGUUAAUAGAUUAAAAUAGGUUAAAAAAUACCCAUGCAGACUACAGUACUGUAUGUUGCAUAGACUUCUGUCAAGGAAAAGAUAUUUUUCUGUUUCUCAGCACAUUUUACAAUACAGCAGAAAAUGAUGUGGAAAAUUGUUUUGUCAGCAUUUCAUUAUCUGUAAAUAAGUGGUCUAUUUUUGUACCUGUUUUUUAAUCCUGGUUCCUUUUUCUGUGAAGUAGCUUUUUUUUUUAAGUGGAUACUUCAAAUAAAUCAUUGAUACAUGGAAACCUCA